GUGCAGCAAGAAGGGAACAACAGGAAGGCGAGGAGAGAUAAUCCGCCCUCUCUUCUCCCCUCCUAUCCCCUCCUCAAGCAGUCGGAGCCAGACGGAGUGUUUACCAUGAACCGAGCUUCCACUCAGUUGUAGUUUCUAGAUGAAGGAUUCAUGUUUUCCUCCCAUUGGAUCGCGGUGGCUGGGGGAGCCGCACGUGCCGUGACGGGAACAGAUAGUGAAGACAUUAGAGAGAGAGAGGAGGGACUCGGGAGCGAGGAGGGUUUCAGUCCACUUUCCACUUCCUAAACAGACCGAGACCACCUCUAACGGAGAAAUGGGGUGUAGGCUCCCAAAGCUGAGGAAGGCUGAGGAAAGGCGUAGCCCUGGCAACAUCUACUCCACCCUAAGACGGCCUCAAGUGGAGACUAAAGUUGGAGUGGCCUACACCUACCACUUUCUGGAUUUCCUGUUGGGGAAAGAAGAGGUGUCGGUGUCAUCUGUGCUCUGCCUGUCGUCGGUCAGAGAGCUGCCGGUUCAGGUCAGGGAACUGUACGCCCAGGGCUUUGUCCUUGUGGCGGUCCACCCCUUCGUCCAUCCCUGCGGCCCUCGUCACGCUCACAUCCAGCGCCAGCUCCACCGGGCCGUGUUGGUGCGCGAGACACAAAGUCCAGAGAAAUGCCAGCUGAGGUGGGCGAGAAACCGUCUGGAGACGGAGGUCUGCGUGGCUAGUCAACAGGCUGCUGAUCCGGAAGCCAUCCAGAACUAUGUUAAGAAGAUCCAGGAUGUGGCAGAGCAAGGGGUGAUGUUCGUGGGCUUUCUCCAACAGCCGGGCGGAGGGCCGUAUUUUUUGGGGCACUGGGACCCAGACGAGCUGUCGUCCUUGCAUUCGAGCCCUUCGCCAAUACACCGGCAGCCUUUCAGCACCAAUACGAGCCCAACGGAGCCAAACCCGAUUGGCGAAGAUGCUGAUCUCUGCUGCUGUGAAUCGCAAGAGUCGGAUUACGGGGCUGUGGAGAGCGUCAAACAGGAUCAAAACUCCUCAGCGUCCAGAAAACCAAACUUCAGCCUCCUGAAGCACCCGGUAAACUCUCUUCAUAACCCAGAGGAGCUUUGUGAUCAAAUAAUAACCUCACAGAUUGGUGCCAAGGACUUCAAUAAACCUCAAAAUCACAUCAAACCCGAAGCUCACAACGUGGCAGAAGUCCAGGGCAAACGGUCCGGUCUGAGCUUACCAGAAACAGCAGUCACAACGAGGCUGCCAGAGUGUAGAUCACAAGAGACUAAACAGCACUUCACUGCAUCCACAGAGAAACAUCUUAAUGUCUCCAAACAGAGAGAAAGGAGAGUUUCCAGCCCAGACAGCUGGCUCAGCUCUCCAGAGCUGGAUCGUGACCAUGACAGAAGAAGAUCUGACUCAACGCAGACAGAUGGGCAAAGAUGCGUGACAACACAGAACAACAACCACAUCAGGCUGAAGAAUUCGGAGAACGACACAGGUCCAAGCUCACCGCCGGCGCAGGCUAGGAUGCAGCUGUUUGCACUGUACAACCACACAGAAGAGCCCGACACGUCCCUGAGGUUCUACUCUCUCCGGGUGCCUCUUCAUGUUCAAAAGGAGGCGGAGGCGAUCACAGACGUUGAUGCAAACUGGCUCGACCACAUGACUCAGCACUUUAGCAGCGGGGCGCAGCUCAUCGAUGGGUUUUUCCACCUCACGGAUGACCAUGACAGUGGCGUUUCAUCUGUGGAUAGCGUUUUCAUCUUCCAGAGCUCUGCGGAGGAGACCACAGACGCCUCCUAUGACGCCAUCGUGGUUGAGCAGUGGACUGUUAUAGACGGCGUUGUGGUGAAGACUGAUUACAUCCCGCUGCUCCAGUCUUUGGCUCCAUAUGGAUGGAGACUGAUGUGUGUGCUGCCAACACCCAUUGUCAGAACAAACAGUGAUGGAAGUUUGUCGACUAAGCAAAUCCUUUUCCUUCAGAGACCCAUUUUGCAACGCAGGAGAAAAGACUUCAAGAUGCUGAACCUCAGAGGUCGCAGCAAGGCAAAGAAACACUCAGCCGGGGAGGCGCUAGACGAGCAAGAGAACAAGUCCCUGGUGAUAGAGACUGAGAUGGACAGGCUGAGGAUCAACGAAGAGGAGGAGGCAGAGGAGGAUGGGAGGAAGAGAGGGGACAGCGGAAGGAGCCAAAGACCGAGCCUUCAGAAGAGCGGAGACGAGGUGCAGCAUCAAAAGGCCUUCUCCCUGCUGCUGCAGCGCAGGGCUUCUGUCGAAUAUCAAGAGGAGGAAACCGACGUCGACGCCAUCCCGCUGCCCAGGCAGGAGAAGGCGGUGAGGUGGACGGAUUUCUGUCCGGGCGACGAGAGGGGGAUGAAGGAAAAGGUCAGGGUGGAGGAGCGCAUCAAACAGCAGCUGUUCUCCGGAGUUUGUUGACGUAUCUGCGAACGGAGCAAUCGGAGGGAAGGGAAAGUUUUUUUAACAUUCAGUUUGAAUUCCUGUGGAAGAACUAAUCCGGAGCAAAGCAUAUGCAGUACAGUGCUGUGAAAAAGUAUUUGUCCACUUGGAAGUUCUCCAAGAAAGUGAAACCAUAAGAAAUCUGCAAUUUCUUAUGGUUUCAGGACUUUGGUGCAUUCAUCUUAGUGUUCAUUUGGUAAAGUUGCGCUGUAGAGUUCCCUGCUUUGUUUUGUUGACUGUUUUUGUAAAAACUGUUAGAAAUGUACAGUGCUGCACCGCUUCUCCUGCCAAUGCCUUAAGUAGGACAUAUGUUUUUGGGGAUUUUUAUUUUAUUUAUUUUUUUACGUUUGCUGUCUAUUUUAGGCUAAUGUGACAUCAAUUUGCCCCAUUGCCAACCAUUUCACACCUGUAAGCCAACCAUCUAGUAUCCAUGUCCUUAGUCAAAUCCAUAGCAGUUUCUUCUUCUGGUAUUUAAAUAUUGUGAUGAAUUAUGGAGACAAAUAGUCAAAUCACAAAACUCUUAAAUUUCUCAUAGAAAGUGGUUUAUUUAUAAAUUAUUUUCUAUAGAAACAGAUUAUUUAUUAGCUUGACUUGUGGUUGGUAAAAAAAAAUAAAAUAAAAAUCAACUAGUGGCAACACAGUUGGGGACAAAAAGACCCAAACCGCAAAAUGGCAACGAGCCAAAAUGACCCCAUGAGGAACUCCUGAAGGUGACCUUUGCCCCCUUUUCACUAACUGUUUCUGAAGCUGCUACGAGGACAUGUUGUUUUGUACAUAAAGAGUGAGUUUCUUACUUGUAGUCCAGGUUGUAAACGUCUUACGCGGUGGAAGGUGAAGGUUUUCUCGUUUUGUACUAGGAGUUUGAAGUUUACUCACAGUAUAAAUAAAUGUAAAUUACACAAA